CUUAAUUUCGCCUACCGCAUAGUACGGACCGCUCCAGGACGGUGCGGUAAGGCAUGGUCUCCGUAUAGCCUCCACCUACGCAGUACUCUUCUACUUCUGCUUCUGCUUCUCUUCUUUUGCUCCGUUCUCUUGCUGCGCACUGCGUGUGUAUGUACUCCGUACGUUAUUCUCCUAGACUCCUGGUACCUUGUCGUCCGUCCUGCCUCCCUUCCAUCAGUCAGUCCCCAUCAUCCGUCUCCUCUUUGGCUCCAUGUCACUGCGGGUUGUGGACUGGCCCUCGCAGUGUCUCCCGUCUUCAGCGUGGAAUCGUAAUCAUUCCCAGCUUUCUCCUUACCCACACCCCCAACAUCCCAUCCGCUUCAUUCGCCGUUAAUGACUACAAUUUUAAACAAAAAGAAUUGCUACCCUCCGCACCAGCAAUCCAGUCUGCCUCUCUUCAUGCCAUUGUUCGCUGGCUCCGUCCCUGGAGCUUGAACCCCCUCCCUCAAUCUCCUGCAGACCGCCUUCGUGGCUCGCCUUGGCCUUGCCCUUUUACCUUCGUAACGGAUUCCCGUCCCCUUCACCACCUCACCCCCCUCCCCUCCGCCAUUAUUGGCGGCCCCCAUCCACCACGACCACACUACUACCAGUCUACCACCACCGCUUACCUACCUACCUUACUUCACACACACACACACACCUUACACCUCUUUCUCUACUUUCCUCCGCCAUCGCGCCUCAUUUCUUCUUCUUCCUCUCCCAAGCCGGCCCAAUCUCUGCUUCAACACAAACCGUUGUUUAUUCUUCGCGCAGGUCAGGGGCGCUGGAUCCAGAGACAUCCAUGGGAACAACUCACUGGUCCCUUUGUGCAGACCCGAGAUACCGAAUCCCCAUCUCGACCCUGUAGACCUGUCCGUCAUCGAUCCGACCUUUUCUUCUGCUGCAUGCACAGCGCAACCGUCGUCAACCCUCGUUUAGACUGCAUCCCAGUCCUCCACCGCCGACGCCUGCAUUCAACGUUAAGCAUGCUUUUUUAAUCCUCAACCUGAUACCUUGGAGACCCUUCGAGUUCCUCUUUGGAGCAAAGACGGUGCCUGGAUACGCCUUACUAGUCACAGCCCUUGCCUGAACCUCUUCCAUCAGCCAUGGAAACUUGCGAGGGAGUGCUCUUGAUACCCCCUGAUCGGGGCCAGAUCUUGGGGCGCGCCAUCUGGAAGCCACGAUAUGUUGUUGUGGGAGGCCGUAGUGUCUACAGAGAAGCCGUCACCAGUCCGACUUUCCCUCAAAAUGCCGCCUCAACCCGCUCAAACGGGACCGGCACCAGAUCCCAGCCGCGGACCCCUGGCAACGACGACUACUACAUCUCCAUCUUCAAGUCAAAGGUAAGGCUCAACAUGACGGAGUUCUCUGGCCCAAACCUAAGCCACCUGAACUUGCAGGACGACUGGGAGCCCUCCUACCAAUACCCCGUCAGCUCUGUCAUAGACUGUCAGGUGCAGAUGCUCGCCCAUCGCAAGCAGGGGCCCGUUCUGCCCACCCUCGUUAUCACCAUCAACGACAAGGAAAAGAAGCGCCGUUCCAGUAGGGCUGCCGGCCUCAUCUCGAGCAAAGAGUCCACUGCGACUACGCUCUGGUUUCGAACGCCUCCCGACGACCAUCAUAUUAGUCUACACGAAUGGGCCCGCUUUAUUAUUUCGAGAAAACUCCCCAUGAGCCCCGAAAGCCCGGCGUCUCCCUCUUUCACCAACCCCUUCGCCCAGCAGCGUUCUCGAGAUGUUGAUUACUUCCCUCGCCCUCCGAGUGGGAACCCGAAUCCCCGUGGCACUCUGCAACACAAGAACUCGACGCAGACAUACUCAAGCCGAGACCGACCCAUCACAUUCAGCUCCGAUUCCCCGAGUCUGCGUUCUAAGCGCAGCGAUGUCUCGUCACCGACAAGUACUACCCAUCCUGCUCAUAUGGGCUUCACCAUCCCGGACCCCAACAAAUACACUACUGUUCUCCCGAGCGACAUCCCCUCGCCCGUCACAACGAUGUCUAUGAGCGACUAUCAACGGAGCGAACUGAUUGAGGGAUGGACAGCGGCACAAGGACGUUCGUCUACCAUCAGCUCACCAAUCCGCGGUCGAGGCAGCGUCAGCUCAGGAGGUGCCCAACCUUUUCCGGGUGCCGAUUCUAGCUCACCACCGAACCAGCGAGAGACGAUCCUCGACCGUGCUUUCCAGCUGCGCUGCAUCCCUGGCUCCGAACUCGAGACUCCGGGUGAAGAGAAGCUCACAUCGCUGGCUCGAUUCGAUGCAUUGAUGCGGGAGGCCGACGAGAAAAUGCGCCAACAGGUGAAAGAAGCACAUGCCGAGAAGAUUGCGAUGCUCAGCGCAUUCGAUGUCGAUGAGGACUCAUCCGAAGAGGAGGCUGAUGACGACGAGGAAGAUGAAGACGACGACGAGCAUGACGAAUAUGCACACGAGGCGGAUGCCAGUGGCAAUCGCCAAACCUUGAUCGCGCCCAAUGCCCAACGCGCCCUCGAAUAUCUCGCCAGUCGCCAAGAGGAAGCCAUGUCACCGCGCUCGCCCGUGAUGAGGAGCCCGCCUGCCAACUUUAGUAUUCCCCUGCAGGCUCCUGCGCGGCCACACACGGCGCACUCCAAGAUGCGGCCGGGUGUGACGCAAAGGACGUACAGCCAAACUCAGCCCAUGGGCCAAGAGAGGCUCGAUGUGCCAACCUCUUCAUCCGGUAAGACAUCCGAUGAUGCCAACUUCCGAACCAACGGGGAAAAGCGGGCGUCCGGCUCCAGCGCCAAGCGACUUAGCUUCAGCGAGUUCACCAAGCGUCUCUCGAGCACCAGCAGCUUACUUCUCGUCCAGACCAACACCAGCGGCGGGAGCAGUUGCGGCAGCAGCGAGUUCGACCCAAGUCCAUCUCAGGUACCCAAAGGUACUUUGAACGCUAGGGGCGUUCCUCCGCGACCUCGAGACCUCGAGAGAGAGGAGCAAGAACGGCGCUGUGGAUGGCGAAACAGCAUCGGCUUCACCGAGGGCGGUAUGAUUUGAUUCGAAUCACUACCGCCUGCCAACCGCCAUGAUUACCUACCCUCUUUACUAUUGUCCACACCGGCCGGAACCAACCCACAUCAUUAUCCUUUCACCAAACCACAACCAACAGCUCAAACUUAUACCCAACUCACGCCACAGCAUAGUUGAUAUAUGUUGUACGAUUUUUGAUCUGACGAUACCAUUGUUUGCAUCUAAUAACGACUUAUGAUCGGGGUUCACAGAACACGGACCUGGCGUUUGAUAUUCGUUCUUAUUCUCUACGCGUUGAUUUCCCAGUUGGAGGUUUACAGCAUCAUUUCGAGGAGGGAGGCAUUCAUCAAAGGAAGCAGCACCUCGACGUCAGAGACUCGAGGCCCGGCGGAGUCGACAGAGUCCCGUCGGUACACCAAGGCACUAGGCAAGCAAUGUGUCGGUCAUACCAUGUUGCGGCCUGCCUUUUCUUAUGUAUAUGGCUAGUGUUGUCGUCCGUUGUCUGACGAGGCGGGUACCACAUAUUUUGCAGGACGCUACCUACGAGUUCCUGACUUUUAUUUCUCAACGCAAUUUACGUUCAGAUGGACAUAUAGAAAUGUUGUAGUACAAAGUUGACGCGAG